CAAGUCUUAGAAAUGAAGGUGCUUUCAAUUCAUUGAUUAAAACUAGACAUGUUGUUCAGCAAAUGGACCUUGGUAGAGCAAUAUUAAAUGCACAAGGAUGUGGAGAGGCAAACACAGCUGAUUCAUCACAAUGGGUAAAAAUAGAUGGUAAAAAAUUAAUGUUAUUGGGCGAAAAAGGCUUUGAAAAACUUUAUUUUA